UGUUGAGAUAGCUCUCCAAUCAAUUUUAUUCCGCGAACUCGCGAUUUUGUCGCCGUUCAGUGCAAUUGUGGCCGUCUCUAGUGUGCAAGCAUCCUUCAAGAAUGAGGCGCUACUUACUACUUGGUAUCCUUCUAUUUGUAGGGUUUACCGUGAUACAGGGACAAAGGGUAUUUCCAACCGAUUUUAAGUUCGGAGUUGGAACCUCUGCCUAUCAGAUUGAAGGAGCAUGGAAUGAAGAUGGCAAAGGUGAAUCCAUUUGGGAUUACUUAGUGCACAAUCACCCAGAGAAGAUCGGAGAUCGAACAAAUGGCGAUAUUGCUUGUGAUAGUUACCGAUUGUGGCAUCGCGACGUUGAAAUGCUAAAAGAUCUCGGUGUUGACGUCUAUCGAUUCUCCAUCGCAUGGACUCGAAUUAUGCCCACUGGAAUUAGUAACCAAAUCAACACGGCAGGGGUAGAGUACUACAACAAUCUGAUCAAUGCACUGUUGGAAAACAACAUCACACCGCUAGUGGUUUUGUAUCACUGGGAUCUUCCGCAACGUCUGCAGCAGCUGGGUGGUUGGACGAAUCGGGAAGUUAUUGGUCACUUCAGAGAAUAUGCAAGGUUUGCCUUCGCUACUUUCGGAGAUCGCGUCAAGUGGUGGACGACGUUCAACGAACCGCUGCAAACAUGCCGCCAAUCAUACGAAUGGGAUGCUAUGGCUCCUGGUUACAACUUCCCUGGAAUUCCAAGCUAUCUUUGUACGCACAACUUGCUCCUGUCGCAUGCAGAAGCUGUCGAGGUUUAUCGAACUCAGUUCCAGCCUGAACAAAAAGGAAAAAUCGGUAUAACUGUCGACUCAUCUUGGGCAGAGCCUAGAAGCGAUUCUCCCGAAGAUCAGGAAGCUUCGGAAACUAACUUGCAAUUUUUCCUUGGUUGGUUCAUGCAUCCAAUUUACUCCACCAGCGGAAACUACCCACAAGUGAUGAUCGAUCGGAUCGCUGCGCUCAGUCAGCAACAAGGAUUUGCUAAAUCACGUCUACCAACGUUCUCUGUCGAAGAGAUCAACAAACUGAAAGGAUCUUCGGACUUCUUCGGAUUCAACACUUACACAACUUAUAUAGUAUACAAGAAUGACGGUGGAAACUCGGUCAAGUUCCCAGAACCGUCUUUCGAUCAUGACCGUGGCGUUGUGGAAUAUCAGGAUGCAAGCUGGCCCGGAACUGGAUCAGACUGGUUCCGUGUGUAUCCCAAAGGAAUCUACAAUCUGCUGAAAUGGAUCAACAAAGAGUACAACAAUCCGGAAGUGUACAUCACAGAAAACGGUUACAGUGAUCGGGGAGGUACCCGAGACGAAGGUCGUGUUCAGUACUUCAAGGACUACAUGAGUGCUGUGUUGGAUGCGAUCGACGAGGGGUGCAAUGUUAAAGGAUACAUUGCUUGGAGUCUGAUGGACAACUUUGAAUGGCGCGCUGGGUUGAUCGAACGCUUUGGUUUGUACUAUGUCGAUUACAAUCACCCAAAUAGGACACGAACGCAGAAAUCAUCAGCCAAAUUCUACGCGAGUGUUAUCGAGACCCGCAAGAUUGAUAUGGAUUUUAUGCCAGAGCCGGAAGAGGGAAGUACGACGCAAAACCCUGAAGAAAGCACAACCGGCACGCCGGAACCGGGUGCGGGAACAACGAUUGUAUCUAGCAUUUCGGUGUUGAUUACAGCUGUUGCUUUUUUGCUGAGAAACUUAUUUUAGGCUACGUUACUUAGAGUUCAUACGGUUGAUUCAUUUUGGGUUGGCAUCAGCAAAGAACUGAAACAUUACUUAUUCGCAUUGUUCCUUCUGACCGUAUACAUAAUUCCACAAUUUCCCAAAAUAA